CGAUGCCUGCUUUCUUUCCUCCUGUGACUCUCUGUUUUCCGAUAAUAGCACCAGAGACACACAACAGCUAUAAGAACUCCAGGUCCUGCUAUGCUGUGCAAAUCAAUUUUUCCCAUAUUACCAAAACUGUUUAGAUAAAAAGAGCUAGAAAAACGUCAGGUAUCCAAAAGAAACAACAUUUUGUUCGGGGAUAUCGCAAUUUAUGAACGCUUUUCUGAUAUGUCUUCGAUACGCACUCCAUAAAGUGCGGUGCCUCGACAAGUCAGCGGGUGAAUCUACGCUACAACUAUGGCAGAAGGUCAGGAAGUGGACGUCGCGAUAGUGGGCGGUGGCCUUUCUGGACUGACAGCAGCUUAUCAUCUACACAGAAAAGAUCCAGGCCUGAGUGUUGUUGUACUGGAAGCCAAAGAUCGAGUUGGAGGAAGAACACUAACCGUUGAACUAGACAAUGGUAACAGUACAGACAAAUGGGACCUUGGAGGGCAAUGGGUCAGCAGGUGUCAACCUCACAUUACAAAACUGUUGGCCGAGCUGGGUCUGGAAACUUACCCACAGUACAUACAGGGAAGAAAAUUCAUGCAGUUUGGAGGAGACACAGUUACAAGUUAUACCUCUGAUAUACCAUCUCUAUCUGGACUGGCUCUCCUUGAUUUACAGUGUAUGAUAAAUCGGUUAGAGAAGCUGAGGAAAAUGGUGGAUGUCAGUGCUCCAUACAAACUUAAUAACUAUGCUGCUGAGUUGGAUGGCAUGUCACUGGAGAGCUUUAUGAGAAAGUACAUGUGGACGAAAAGUGCUAAGGAUUGUAUUGAUGCUGCCAACCGAACAGUUUUGGGAGUGGAGGCAUCACAGGUCUCUGUACUUUUCUAUCUCAUGUAUGUGUCUGCUGCAGGGGGUAUUCAACCCUUAGUGGAGGCAUCAGAAAACACUGGACAGGAGUCUAAAAUUAUAGGAGGCUCUCAACAAAUAUCAAAUAUGUUGGCAGAGAAGGUUGGAAAAAGGCAUGUUUUAUUGGAGCAUCCAGUUGAUACCAUUACACAGGAUGAGAAUGGUGUUCUCAUCUCUUGUAAAAAUGGAGUCCGUGUGAAAGCUAAGCGAGUUGUCAUGGCAACUCCACCACAACUUACAGGAAAAAUAACAUUCACUCCACCAUUACCCGCUGAAAAACAGCAAAUGAUGAAGAGAAUGCCAAUGGGGGACAUAAUCAAAGUUAUUGUAACUUACAAGGAGGUAUUCUGGAGGUUAGCAGGUCAGUCUGGAGAGGCAGUGACUGAUGGUGGGCCAACCCGAGUGUUAGGAUGUGAUCGAGGACCCCUGUGUGUUGUGUAUGAUAACACCUCCAGCAGAGGAAGUCCUGCUCUCCUUGCCUUUAUAGGUGGCAAGGCAGCCAUCCAGUGGCGAAGCCAGGAGGAAAACUAUUUGAUGACUUGGAGAGAAAAGUCUGCAGUGUUAAAAUCCCUGUCAGAGUUUUUUGGCCCCAAAGUGUGGUCCUAUGUAGACUACAUAGAGAAGGACUGGGGAACGGAGCCCUACAUUGAGGGGGCUCCCACAAGCUCGGCAGCUCCAGGAGCUAUGGCUUAUCUUGUCAAAGGGCUCCGACAUCCUUACCUCAAACUUCACUUUGCCGGGACAGAGUCCGCCACUGUUUGGUGUGGUUUUAUGAAUGGGGCUGUACAGGCAGGACUUCGUGCAGCUAACGAGGUCCUAUACCACCUCCGCCCACAGUCAGUGUCGGCCUUGGACCUCUGUGACACUGUGUAUGGUCCAGACAAACCAAAUCUUCCAGUCUCAAAGAAAAGAACAUGUAAGAAAGCACUCAAAUGGACCUUAGGAAUUGUGAUCAUAAUUGGAGGUGCUUGGUACUUCAGAAAGAAAAUUAAGGUUAUCAGUGAUUAGCAAACAGGCAAUAAGUGCACAAUGACCAAUGGAUUGUCUGUCUUGAAAGGCAGUGUUAUGGUAAGAUUUAUUCCGUCUGUCUGUUAUCUGUCAUUGUAUAGGUGUUAAGAAGAUAAAUAUCUUUGAACAAGUUCAAGGUCACAUGCACAAAAUAGUUUAGAAUAUAUAUUUUAGAAUUUGGCUUGUCAUUGCUCUACAGUCUUGAUGCUGGACACAAUUAUAUGCUAAAACAUUGUAUCUUUUCUCAAAUAACAUUUUUAUGUAAAUAAAAUCGUGGAGUCAAAGGUAAAGAUAAAUGAGGUCAAAUUUUAGUUCAUUUAACUGGUAAAUACAUAUACAAAUGUACACAUAUAUAAUAUUAUGGCAUUCUGAAGUAAUCAAACAAGGCAACAUCUAACUGGGGAUCAAAUUAUGUAACCAGGUAAUUUAACUGAGGUCAAAUAUUUUAUUUAUUAUUGACAUGUGAGUUGUCAUUGGCCUUCUCAGUACUAUAUCAGUACCCUGUAAAUGUGAUCGGUACAAUUUAACUAGCUACAUACAUUAAUCUUAAGGCGACUGCCUUUGUCCUAGCAGAACCAUUGACCUUUGUUCUUGUAUAUUGCAUAUUGGAGUUUUUACUUCAACUUGAACUUUUAAAUAAAUUAAAUGCAUAUUUAAAAACAAUCAUGGUACAUAUGUCUAUACAUAUAUUAAUUUCUCAAUAAGCAUCCAUAGAUGUCUUAUAUUGUUCAAAAUGUGUUUUUGAUAUCCCAGUAUAAUAUUUGUUAGUUUAAAAAAAAACACAAGAUGAUUAUAUUAUGAUUUAUCCUAUUAUACUAAACAGAGAAGUGUCCACAGUCCAAAUAUAUGUACAUAUAGAAUAUGUCUGUGGACUGUGGUUUAGGAAUUUGUGCCUUGUUCCUAUAGAGUAUACUUAUUAAAAUUUGGAUAUCAUUCCAUACAGGCGUUUUUGCCUGUUUUAAUUAUACAUAUAAAUUGGUAAUGUAUUGCGUUUUACCCCUUGAUGUAGAGGGUGUAAAGUUUUAUCAACAUUGAGUAUUAUGUAUAAUAUAAUUAAUUUUCCAUUGUUUGUAAGCAGAAUGCGGCUUUCUGAUUGGUUGAGAUUUUUUUUUUCAUUUAAGCAAUGAACAUUGGUUUUAAU